AUGCAGACGCUGGGCGACGCCAGCCUCCGCGCGCGCACGCCGUUCGGCGGCAGGAUGGUGGACAGCUACGGGCACCGCGGCCGCAAGCCCAGCGGCCCUGGCGGCGCGGGCACGGCCAACCGCAACCCGCUGUCGCAGGGCUUCUACGUCGGCGAGGUGCACUACAGCGCGCCGCGCAAGCGCACCCGCACCCUGUACCAGCGCCGCGUCGCGCCCGCCGCCGACAACGGCCCCGCCAGCGCGGACGACGCCGGGGACACGGGGACGCCGACGGCCCAGCAGCAGGCCGCCGACAAGUCCGCGUGGAGCAACCAGAGCAUCAUGUGGUGAAGGAGGAGAUGAGAGGGCGCGCUCAAAAGGCACUUCUCUGGAGCCGGGAGCCCCUGCAGCGCAGGCCGUCCCGUCGAGCGCGCGUGCACGGCGCAUUGCCUACCCCGGCGCCGGCAGGCGCUCACCUCACGCCACUCGGGCCGUAUUGAGGACCGCUCUUCGAUUCGAGUGUUUUGCCUUUGAGGACGCUGUGACUUGCGCUGUGACGCUCUCGUUCGUAUGUAGUGCACUCGAACAGGUGAUCGGCCCACUGCCUUCGAACUUGGAGCGCACCCCAGGACGCCUUUCCACCACGGCCUCGCACUGUAAGGGGCGCGCCGUGAGUGCGAGAGAGACGGAGAAGCGGCCCGCUGGAUUGCGCGUGAUGGCCCGUAAUGGUGGCAGAGACGGCGGCUUGGAAACGAGGCUGCAGGCCGAGUCCGAACGGCGUCCUCGUCGCUCCGUCUCGCUCGCACUCGCGGGGCGUCCCGCACGGUGCCUCACGGGUGCGAGAGAGACAGAGCGACGCGGCGCCGAGCCGCUCCGCCGCACGCGUGUCGCAAGGCGGCGCUGCGCCUGCGCCGUGGUUGCGAGAAAGCAAAAGCACCUGCCGCAAAAGCAGUCGGUCUAGGCGGCGAUCGCUAGUCGACUUGUACAAACACUCUGACUGUGCCAUCGCAUUUCAGAUACUCCAGUGGCAUUUCGGGAGGUCCGUUCCCACAGCUUGACCAAAGCGUCGGUUUUAAAAUGUGCCGGAAGCAACACACUGCCGUCGUCAACUAAUUGGCAACUCGUUUGUUUUUUGAUCUCCAUUUAUUAAGAAAAGGAAAGCACAUUUGUAUAUCUAAGUCUAGACUAGUCGCAUAGUAUCUAAUUUACAAGUAUGUAUCAUAAAAGGCGCAGUGAAAAUUACAAUAGUAAUAAUAAAGAGGGAGAAAAAAAAA